AUCUGCUGUUAGACACACUCCACAAAUCUGGCAGCAUCAAAAUCCCAGUGAUGGAAUCCUACACAAAACCUCUUCACCACAACCACGUGUCAACCCUCAAGAAUAAGCUCCUCUCUUCUGGGAAGAUGUUCCACUAGAGUUUGUGGAGAUUUGUGUGAGAUUCAUCUAUGAUGGUGUAAGUAAAGUCAGGUACUGAUGGAGGUGAGGCGGGGUUUAGUAGGGUUGAGGGGUAAAGUUCUUGAGCAGGACAUCUUCCACACACUUCAACCCCAUGUAGAGCAGAUCUUCAUGGAGCUGGCUUUGUGCACUUUGGGUCUUCUACUUCCAGUGAAAGGAAAACCUCAUGCUCCUGUAUCCAAAGACGUCAUGUAAAUAAGAGGCUGGGAAAGUCAGGUGUUCCAAUUCUUCUGUCCAUAUAGUGUAGGUGUUUUUACUGAAGGACAUCAAGUGUACGUAAGUGGGGAUUGGGACACAGCCACUUUUACAGCCUAACUGCAGCUUGGAGCAAAAAAUAACCCAAAUAUCUCUAAUAAACAAUCAAAAGUUUAUUGUAGACGUGUUUUAUAUGUGCUAAAGGUGUAGGUGUGUGUGUGUGUGUGAGAGAACCUUUCCAAAAAGGAGGCCAUUGCUCUGCGCGGCCGCGUCCCAAAUCACACACUACCGCAAUACACAUACACAUGAAUAAACGGAUGUAGAAUUAUUUCGUCAACGUGUUUCGUGAGGUAAAAGCGCACACGUGAGAUAUGACGCGCAAAUCCGCAAAAUAUUAUAAAUAAUUAUGAAUAAUUUACAUUUUUUUGCUCUUCUUGCACGACAUCUUGUUUAAACACCGCCAAUGACAUCACCGGUUUCGGUCACGUGACGCGGCCCGAUUUCACCUGCCCACCAGGUAGAAGGAGGAGUGUUCGACCCUAAAGGAACUGAGAUACAGAAAAAAACAAAAGCGAAACCGAUGUCGUCAGCGUACGGGUCAGCAGGGCGGUUUGAUCACGUCCGAGGCCCUCACUAUGACCAAGUGCCAUUGGGGUCCCUGGCUCGGGAGCAGGACUUCCCGUACCCCCUCGUUGGUGGGGUGUCGGCGAUCAGCGCCGAUCCUUUGCCACCUCCUCCUCUUCCCUACGAGCUGCCGGUGGGGCCGGGAUUCGACCCGAACGAAGUCGAGGAGCAAACAGACGAAGCGAUGGACAUUAAACCAGUGCGGCGGUUCAUCCCUGACUCUGUGAAGAACUUCUUUCGUGGGGGCAGCUUCCGGAGCAGCAAAACCAACUCGUUUCCACCGCCGCCAUCGGAAAUCGUGAACAGCACGAGCAACGGUGUACCAUGUUCGCCCCCGCAUUCUCGACCGCCUUCCCCGAAUGCGGCCAGCUCCUACACUGAUCCGUACGGGGGCUCCGGGGGUAGCUAUGCCUCACGUAAGGAGCAGAUGGCGCUGCUGGGUGAGCCGAUCGAAUCGGUGUCUGGUCAAUCGGCACGUACAGCCAUGACGUAUAGCGAGAAGGUGGAGGAUUAUCACCUGCGCUACGCAUAUAUGAAGUCGUGGGCGGGAUUGUUGCGCAUCCUCGGCUGCGCCGAGCUCCUCCUUGGCGCUGCCGUUUUCGCAUGCGUGUGCGCGUACGUGCACAAGGAUAACGAGUGGUAUAACAUGUUUGGCUACAAUCAGGCCGGCUUCGGGGCCGGUUACGGAGGAUCCAUGGGCGGGAUGUAUGGUAACUACGGAUACAACUACAGGGGACCAAAGACACCUUUCAUCCUUGUGGUGGCCGGAUUGGCCUGGAUUGUCACGGUCAUUCUCCUCGUGCUGGGGAUGACCAUGUACUACCGCACCAUCUUGCUCGACUCCAACUGGUGGCCGGUGACGGAGUGUGUCAUAAACAUAGUUCUGGGGAUCUUGUAUAUGUGUUCGGCGAUAGUCUACGUGAAUGACACGGUACGCGGUGGCCUCUGCUACUCGCCGUUUUUCAACAACGGCCCCAGCGCCGCCUUUUGUCGAACCGAAGCGGGACAGACGGCCGCCAUCAUCUUCCUUUUCAUCACUAUGCUGCUGUAUUUUGUGGGGGCCGGGGUGUGUCUCAAAAUGUGGAGGCAUGAAAGGGCACGACUUCGCCGAGAGGCCCUGGCGCAAGAGGGUCAGACUGACGCGUCAUUACCGCUGUCGAUGAUUGGAGCCGGAUCGAGCGUAUCAGGACCGAUCUUUAAGUCUCAUGCGAUGGCUUCCCCUGAUGGUGGGGGGGAUAUGAAUGCUCUGCCGGUUGCGAUUGAGCCGGAGUACCUGAGGGGUCACAUCCCAGCAGGGCACAUCCCUAAACCGGUGGUGAUCGCAGACUACGUGGCGAAAUACUCCACCAUCCGCACCGAUGAGGAGCGGGACCAGUACAAGGCUGUGUUUAACGAUCAGUACGCCGAGUAUAAGGAGCUCCAUGCCGAGGUUCAGCUGCUGGCCAAGAAGUUUGAUGAGAUGGACAGUCUGAUUAAGAGUCUGCCGCCGCAGCCGUCCAGUCAAAUGGAACAAGAGCGGAUCAGUCAACUUGUGCAGGAGUACCAGAGGAAAAAGAACGACCCCACGUUCCUGGAGAAGAAGGAACGAUGCGAGUACCUGAAGAGCAAACUCUCGCACAUCAAGCUGAAGAUCCAGGAAUACGACAAAGUGAUGGAAUGGAACGAUGGCUACCACUAAACUCGUCGCUCUGCUCUACAGCAUCAUCAGUGUGUGAAACCCGAUGCUUCACUUCCAUUUAAAAAAACAAUAUUAAACACGAGGACUGGUCAUGGAGAUCCAGAACACCAUAACGCUUUACAAAGUUGUUUUUUUUUUUUUUUUUGAAGGAAAAACAUUAAAAACGAUUUUUAUUUCCAUGCCAAAGAUGGAACGACUGCGUAGACACCCGUCUGGAGCGGAAGAGAAGUUUUGAAGAACGUUUUAUACAAGGUCUUUUGCGGAAUGAUUUUUUUUUCCGACUUUCACAAUUCAUACAAAAGUUUGUGAUCGCCGAUUCACAUACAUGCUAGUCAGGUGUCCCAAUACUUUUGUCCAAUCUUAUGUAAAUAGCUGCCAUAAAAAAACUGUAAUUUUACACUUUUUUUUGCUCUCAAUGUUUUUUAUAAAGCGUACGAUUAUGAAAAUGGGCGUGGCUUAGCGUGAAAUCGUGCUUCUAAAAAUCACCGUGUUUUGUUAGAAUGUUAGCAAUGUUUUCAUUUGUUUCAUCGCUUUUUUUCCCGCGGUAGCUGCCGGUUCUGAAAAAUGUGAACGUGUUGUAAUUGUUUAUUACGAUUGAAGAUUUGUUUCCAUUUUAGAUUCAUGUUCAAUUGUUUCCUUUGAGCCAAAAAAUGUUUUCUACAUCAUUAAUUUCUUUUUCUUUUUUUUUUUCUUUUCACUUUUCACCAUAAUGUUGGCACUGAGGUGAUUUUAGACGUUUAUCAAUUAUAAUUUUUUUUUGUACAUUUUUAUGUCAGGAGAGUAAAAAUGCAGAAUCUUA